CGCAGCAAGCUCCCGUCUCCUAUUGACUUUCCACCAGUUCAACCAUCUGUACACAGUACCCUCUACUGCUCGCUGGAGAACAUCGCUAGUAGAUCUAUGGUCUUUUAAUCGGUGAAAAUCCACCAACACGCUUAACAGAUCUGCAUUUAUAUUAUUCUCGUGGCUAAGCAUCAUGUUUGAAGUGGACGCUAAACAAGGUGGCGUUGGUGACGGAGAUGCGCGUCGAGGGACCAACCAUCCCAUCGAUCCCGUUACAAAGUUGCCACUUCUGAUAUGCCCUGAUUGCAAAGACAUAAAUUUUGUUGCAUACACUGUACGCAAACCUGACAGUCCUAACCUAGGGAGGAGGUUCUUCAAAUGUCCUCGGAACAAUCCUGGGGUUGAUAAACUAUGUUCUAGGUUCUACUUUCAGGAAGAAUACGAACGAUACAUUCUAGCCGCAACAACAGAUCAUGGAGUCAUCCAGGAAGCUGAAGUCACUCUUUCUACAGAUCUGUCGCCCACUGAUCAAGAGAACCUUGCAGAAGUUGUUGGUGAUAGGGACUACCAUUCUGAACCUGAACCCAAUCAGUCGUCUGAACCUGCCAAUUCAUUUGCCAAGGAUGGAACUGUUUCCACGGUCUCUUCUAAACAAUCUCAGGAAAUCGGACUGUAUGAAUCUUCUGCUAUGUUCUGGAUGAAGUUCAUUGCAACUCAGUUGCUUAUAUUGAACUUCCUGGUGUUCCUCCUAGUUGUUAUUGCUAUUAGUGUGUAGACCCUACAAAUUCACAACAUCUUUUGUUCCGAGACCACAAAUCUAAGUAAUGUUUGGUCGACUGUACUCGUCCCCUUCCAUGUUUCCAAAUGUUCAGGCUAUAUGGGCCACCCUAGCUUUGUUAAUGAAACUUCUACUGCACGUAGUAGAAAUCUGUAUCACGAACUACUACUUUAAAUGAAUUUCUGAUGUCUCGUUCCUUUUUGAAA